CGGGCUGGCAGGCAGGCGCACGAAGGAUGCUCCGCCCCGCGGAAGAGGUGGAGCCGGGGAUGGGCGGUAGCGUGUUUGUCUUUGAUUCACGCCGCUGCCGCUGUUGUUGCCACCGCUGUUGUUACCGCCCCGGCCGCGCUCUCUCCCAGUUUCCUCCUGACUGUGUUUCAUCUGCGGGAAGGGAGAGAAAAGGUUGAGGCCGUUUCGGGGGGCGGCGGCGGCGGCGGCGGCGGAAGAAGAUUCGUGAAGCCUUGAACGUGUGAGUUGGGACGGGGGGGGGCUCGACUGGGAAGAGGGUAGCAAGACGGCGAUUCGAGGUGGGGAAGUGGAUUGCAUAUUUGUUCCGCAUUACUCCCCGGGUCUCUGGGUUGUUUAUAAUCACCAUUGUGUUUUUCUUCAUCCGUCCUUUAUGCCAGGAACUCAGGGUGGCAUACCAUGGUCCUCCUCCUUCUCCCUUUCUCGCUACCAUGUUAUUCUCACAACAGUCCUACGAGGUAGUUGAAUGCGACAGGCUCAAGCUCACCCAAAGAGCUUUUGCUUUUGGGGGGAUGGGUUUGAGUAGAGAUUUGAAGCUGGGUCUUCUUGUUCCUAGUCUCACAUGCUUAACUGAAGUGGUGCAUCGGCUCAUUAUUUGUUUGUUUUAGUCUUUAUAUCCAAGCUUUCCUCUAAGAGGAGCUCAAAAUGGUGUACCUAGGCCUCCUCCUCCUUCCCUUUUUACCCCCAUGAAGUAGGUUAGGUAGUUUAGGCUGAAAGGGAGUGACUGGCUGAGGUCACCCAGUGAGGAUUGAAAUCUUGGUCUCCCAGGUCCAGUGCUGUAACCAUGCUGGCUCUCAAUAACAUUUGGUAUUGGGGAGGCACACAAACGCACAAUCCACAGCAAAACUGUUAAGAUGCUCUACCACUAAAAAUCCAAAACAGAAUGAGACUCUUGCAAAUCUUUCCCAACUAUGAGCCUUUGAAGAAACUCAACACGAACCAUUUCCUAUUCCUCUCCUCCACACCCAUACUGAAAUUUUUUGGCUAAAAAUAAAACAUAUUUUGGCAAAAAGACCCUUGUGGCUUUAGAGUGGGAAGCGCUCCACUCCUGCUCUCCCUCCCAACCCCCCCCCCACCCAUUGCUGCUUUUAUUCUAAGCUGCCUUUUCUAGGUAUUAGAUUCAGGUAAGUAGCUGUGUUGGUCUGACAUAGUUGAAAUAUAUUUUAAAAAUUGUCCAGUUGCACCUUAGAGACCAGCUAAGUUUGUUCUUGGUAUAAACUUUUGUGUGCAUGCACACUUCUUCAGAUACAGUACACUGAAACAGAAGUCACCAGACCCUUAUAUAUAGUGGGAGGGUGGGGUGAGGUUUUUCUCAGGAGGGUAGUAAGAGAUGGGUGAUUGACUCAAUGGGUAUGGUAAACCUGUUGACGACUGUUAACAACUGAACAGGAAUCCAAGGAUAAAUGGACAUAAAUCUGACAUCAGGAAUCACAAGACAGAGAAGCCAGUAGGAGACUACGUCACUCUCUCAGGACAUUCAAUACAGGAUCUCAAAGCAGCUGUCUUAUUACAAAAGAAUUUCAGAAACAGACUUGAAAGAGAAGUUUAUGAAUGUCAACUUAUCAUUAAACUGAAAACUAUGGGGAGACCUGGUCUCAAUAUAGAUAUUGGAUUUCUGUCUCAUUAUAUAUGCUGAUCAUCUGCAUACUAUCCCUUGCUUUUUCCUGUAGGACUAAUUGCAGUCGUUAACAGCAAAUUCCUGGGCUGGCUUAUGCAAACCUACCUGGCUAAGCUAAGGCUAUCAAGAGAACAAUAGAGGACAUUAAAAUAUAAUAGAGCUUCUUGCCCCAGGUAUGAGCCAUGGGCUCUUGCCACCCAUUGGCAGAGAGAGGGAGGCAGGCAUCCAGCUUUUGUAACAAUAUUUAUAUAUUUGGCAGAAUUUGUAUUACAUGUCCUCUUCCUCUGCUUAAUCAAAGAAUCUCCAAAUCCCUCCCUGCUAUCUUAAUCUAUAUUUGCGCUGCUUUGUGUGUUUUUUGCACAAUGUACGUAAUCGUGUUUGAACUGGUAGCCUGUAAUUAUAUGCAGCAUUUUGUGGACUGAAGUUCCCCAGAGAGGGUAAGAGUGUGUUUUUUCUGCGCUCUUGUGAUGGAAAAACAUAAGGCAUCAUUCCUUAUUGGAGAAGCAAUUUUUUUUUUUUAGUGGAAAAGAACAGAAAGUUCAGUCCACAACCUGUCUCUUCAUUUAGGUGGGAUCUGCCCACCCCCAAAGAAUAUCCCAUGUAAGCUAGACUAUCGUGGUACAUAAACACAUAAAAAUAUAGUUUCAAGAAGGUCACAUACCAUGGGGGAAUUUCUAAAUUCAUAAACCUUUCCGUUAACCUGACUUGGGAAAAGACAUUUCUAAUACUAAAUAUUAAUAGGCUUUGAAUGUGAACCUGGAGACUCCCUCAAAAUAAAUGACAUUAGAAAGCAAGUCUACUUGACCCAGUAUCCUGGUAAUAUUUUUUGCAGUUCCUUCACUUUUUUGUGAGUGAAAAGGUGAAUAUAGUUAAUGAACAAGUUAAUUUGGAGUAAGAAAAUGUCUUGAACAUUUGGCCUUUGUUUCAUUUCAGGAAUGAAGUGAUAGUCUGAAGGAAACAUGUGGUUAACUGUGUCUUUAUUGGUGUAAUGGUUGUCAUGUGAAGAGAAGGUCUGUGAAAUAUUUUUAUUUUGGAAAUAAUUCACCCUGAUGAAAAUAAUAGUUUUUCCCCCCUCAUAUAGAAACUGAAAUGUCUUCGUGGGUCAAAGUAACUACAGAUCAAGCACAAACACCUGUUCCAGAAAAGAGGUAAAAUAAAAUUGCAUUAUCUGUUUGUUCUUCUACAGUUAAAAAUGAUUGGUUGGAAUUUAAUAAUCCCAGAAGCUGUAGUUAAAUUGUUUUACUACUACUUCUACUUCAGAGUUAGUAAAAUGCUCUUAAUUACUUAGUCGAAGGGUUGGAAAUCUGUGGCACUCCAGAUGUUAUUGGAUGCCAACUUCCAUUAGCCCCAGCCUGCAUGAGUAAUAUUCAGGGAUGAUGAGAGCUGGUCUAACAACAUCUGGAGGGGCAGAACUUCCCUGCCCCAGCUUUACUCCCAAUUUAAUGAUCAUUUCUUUUUAAAAGCAACACAGUAUAUGUUUCUAAGUGCUCUGCUAAAUACUUUGAAGUUGACAUUUAAUAAUACAAGAGAUAAUCCCGUUGAUGUCAUUCAGAAUUCUGCGCAUAAAUGUAAGUGCAAUUAUAAAACCUUUAGAAACUACAGGCGAAAUUCACUUAAAGGGCUUCCACUUGCGCAACAGGGCUUUCUACCCCUCUCCUGCCUGCACCCGCCCAAAAAGUGGUUCUGGGGGUGUCAGGAAAACCCCCAGAUCAGGAUGUAAUGGGGGGAGCGUUCUGUCUGGCAAUCGGAAAUGAUUGCGCAGUCCAAACAUUUGUUACAGUCCAUGUGGAAUUCUACCCCAUAAAUAUAUUAUGGUCACAUCCUAUCACCCCCCUCCACCUCGUUAGUGACAGGUAUUUGCCUUAGUUCAAGUCAGACAUUUGGUCUCCAGCUCAGUGCUAUCUACCGCUGUGCUGACUGGCCACAGCUUUCCAGGGUUUCAGACAGAACUCUUUGCCAGGCCUUCCUGGAGAUGCUCGAGAUGGAAGCUUCUGCAUUCAGAGCAUGUGCCCCUCUACAAUCUUGUUCUCAUUUCAAGUCCUGUAGUGACUACCCACGCAGUGAAGAGGAUGCUACCAUGUGGCAGCAUGGAAAAUGCAGGGUGAUGGGGGGCACUGUAAUAUUAUUUAAGUACAUUAAAUAAUAACAGCCUUUAUCUCAUGGCAUGAUCAGUUGCCAUGAUUACUGGUAACCACGCAGUGAGGUUAUAAACAACCACCAAACAAUGUUUGGCCUUCUGCAACUACUCUCUCUUCUAGAAUUGAGUGAGAUGAGGAAAGCAAGUGGAAUUUUAAAAAAUGAGACUCUUUCCUUAGUAAGAAACAUUUGAGGCAGUUGAAAUAAAUUAUUGGUGAGAAGAAAAAGCAUUUGCUGUACUGGGUUUACUGAAUAAUAUUACCAAUCUUCCUUCUGUUUUAGAAGCUAAUAAUAGUUUUCUCAGCUCAUUGCUAGCAACUGGUGCACUGAUGAGAUAAUCUUGACAUUUUAAGAUGGAACCUCAUAAGUAGUUACCUCAAGUAUAUUUCUUACGUGAAAAAGCAGCUCCCUGUUGCUGCUUUGCACCAGCAAAUGGCUGUUAUUAUCACAUAUUCCUUGGCAACACUGCUUGUCCUGGGGGGUUUAUCCCACCUUGUUUUCUAGUUGCUUCAGUACACCAACUAGCGCAUGCCAAAUAAAUGUCUUGCACAGUGGGACAUUUCUGUACCAACAAGGAUUACUUGAAGAGUAACUUUACUUGGAGUAAAAGAUUGGAGUUGUGUGCUAUAUUUAGUACCAUUACAUUGUUGGGCAGUAUAAUGAACACUGAGUUUCUUGGCCUCUUGGGCUUUAUAUGUUUGAGUAUUUAGAUGGAAGCUCUGCUUAAAGGGUUCAGAACGAUGCUUCUUAUGUUCGAAGUUAAGCUAGUUUCUUCAUCAGAACUGAAUUUGUUUUUAUCUGUCCUUUAGCUAUAGUUAACAGCAAAUGAGGCAAGACCAAGCAGCUGUCAUCCUUAUGCUGUCUCUGAUACUUGACAUAACUUUCCAGACUAUACAUCUGUUGUCCUUUUUUCUUUUGGAUGGGUUUCUCUACCCAACCUGUGCAGACUUCAAAUCCAGCAGCUUAAACAAAUAUGUGUAGCACAGCUGGAUUGCUGAGUUCAUCUGGAAGGGGGCAGGAAAGGGUGGUUGCACUAUUUGUGUCAUUCCCCGUGAUAUGGCUUCUAGACUUAAAAUAUAAUACUACAUCGUAGUGGUUCAAGGGAAUCAUUGACAUAAUUCAUUGACAUGAGUAGCAUGCUGCAGCUUCCUUAAAUCAUCAUAUGGGAUUGGGGGGGCAACUCCCAUCUCUUGCGGGGGCGCAAUUAGUGCCAGCACCGUCCAUUAAGAGUUUGGGUGUAAUCUUCGAUACCUCCCUCUCUAUGGAGGCGCAGAUUGCAGCUACAACAAAGGCUGCAUUUUUUUCAUCUCUGCCAAGCUAAGCAGUUGGCUCCUUACCUCUCUCGCCCUGACCUAGCCACUGUGAUCCACGCGACGGUCACCUCCAGACUGGAUUAUUGUAACUCGCUCUACGUGGGGCUGCCCUUGAGACUGACCCAGAAACUCCAGCGGGUGCAGAAUGCUGCAGCGAGACUCCUUACGGGGUCUUCGCUGCGAGAUCACAUUCACCUGGUGCUAUACCAGCUGCACUGGCUCCCGGUGGAGUACAGGAUCAGGUUUAAGGUGCUGGUUUUAACCUUUAAAGCCCUAUACGGCCUAGGACCCUCGUGCCUGCGGGACCGCCUCUCCUGGUAUGCCCCACAGAGAAACUUACGGUCUUCAAAUAAAAACAUCUUGAAGGUCCCAGGCCACAGAGAAGUUAGGCUGGCCUCAACUAGAGCCAGGGCUUUUUCGGCCGUGGCUCUGAUCUGGUGGAACACUCUGUCACAAGAGACCAGGGCCCUGCGGGACUUGACAUCUUUCCGCAGGGCCUGCAAGACAGAGCUGUUCCACCAGGCCUUUGGCCAGGGCACAGCCUGACUCCCGCCCUCGGCAAUCUUCACGGAGCUCUGGCCCAAUGGUUGCCAGUAGCUUGAAUUAAUUAAUUUUAUAAUGAAUGAUUUUAGAGUGUUGUUUGUGCUGUACUUUUGUACUGUUUUAUUGUUGUUAGCCGCCCUGAGCCCGGCUUCGGCUGGGGAGGGCAGGAUAUAAAUAAAAUUUAUUAUUAUUAUUAUUAUUAUUAUUAUUAUUAUUAUUAUAAUAUCUGUUACUUAUUAUUUUUCUUCUCUUAAUGCUUUAUGAUGUUAAAUAGUUUCUUCUUUACACUGUUGAAAAUCUAUUAUGUUUGAGUUGCUCUAUAGCUAUCCCUCUCUAGGUUCAGACAACCUCUUUCCCAAGAAAUCAGAUUGUUGAACAUUAUCCUUCCUGUUCAGAACCAGAAUAAGCAUUUCUUAAGAUGCCUUGCUUCCAACUGGGUUUCUAAUGCAUCAUGUUUUCACCUUUUUCUUUUAAUAGAUGGUCCCAUUGUAAAAAUAAAAUAAAAAAUGCACUUAAGUAUUUAUUCAUUUAAGAGAUCAGAAUUUAGUAUGUCUUGGGUUGUAACUUUUUGUAAGAUACCCUCAGACUUUUCAUAGACCAAUCUAUUACACCUUUAUUAUCUUGUAUAUUUAAUUCCUCCCAUCCUCCAAGAGCAUCAAAAUACUUCAUUGAUAAUUAUUUGAGGGAUUUUUUUCUUACAUUUUACAUUUAUGAUACAUACUUCUAGGUGAAUUUCUGUGCACUUCUAUGUGUAUGUGAGUCAUGCACCUUAUUUUUCUGAUUUUAAGUUUUUAAAAAUUGUUUUUAAAAUUGUUUUUUUUUAGGGUGAAUGGUAGGUAAUAAUAAAAAAGAAUAUUAAUACAGGCAAUACUGGCUUCUGUUCUUCCCCCGUUUUUAAAAAUACAUAAUUUCAUAUUUUAUCCUUUCAGCUUAUCAUUCUGUCUUAAAGCAUUUGGGAUUUAUAAGGUCUUCAUAUUCGAAGACAAUUUGCACCUUUUACUUCUACAGUGAUGUAAUUAAUGACAGAUGCUUGCAGCAUAUCUUCUGCAUAAGUUAACCUACUUUUUCCCACUUUGGGUCUAGGCAUAGACCUGGAUGGAUUCCACGACUUCUAGAGUAAGUAAUCCUCAAUCUUUUAAUCAUUUAAAAUACUUUUUUUUAAAAAACCUUCAAAUAGUUUGAUGGUUAUGUUGUCUUUUUACAUUUAAAUAUAAAAAGGAGACAUUGCUUUUGCUGUUGUUGUUCUUUGGAAUUACCUUCUUCUCCGAUUCACCCUACUAGCAUUUGUUAUCCUAGGUCAGUUGUUUAACUUUGUGGUUCUGUUUUGAGGGGAAAGAGUACACAAUUUCUCCGGCAGUUACAUUUUUGGAUAGGAAAAUAAGCAUAGGAAGCCAAUACCAGUUGUGCAAAGAGUCAGUACAGUGGAGCAGCUCAUUAGCCUAUCACACUUUCUCUUUUCAGAGUGUGGUUGUAUUUCCAUGAGUAUCCAUAAGUGGCCAGCAGGCAAAGCUGGCUGAGGAAUCAACCACCUAGUGGGAUUUCUGCUAAAUAACUACACAUAGAUGAACCUGGCAAUCUUGUACUAUAUUGUAAAAGUAGAACUGAGCUUUCCAGAAGAGGUGCAAACAAUGGCAAUCCAGCAUCUUAAAUAUGUUACAAUUUUUGUGCCUUACAGCAUAAAUCCUUACAAAACCUUUCAGAAGAGCUCUUACUCGUCUCCAGAGGGUUAUUCGAAGGACUAUGAAGAUGCUAACAGGUUAGAGGGUUUUUUCUCAGUACUUAUUUGAAUAAUAACCUGACCCCAUCCCCAACGCUCAAAGAAGAUGUGAAACCCAAUGUUAACAAAUAAGCUCAUGUCCUAAAAUUUCUUCUUUUCAUCAGAUAUAUUGAGACAUUUCAGGAAAACUGGGCUAUAUACUAUUUUGAAACAGAUACAGACCAAUGGAUUCAGCACGUAACAGUGUUUUGAAAGUUCAUUGUAUUCAAUUAGUAGGAUUUAAGUAUGGUUUCUUUUUACUUGGCUCUUUAUGAAUUCACUUUAAGGGUAUAACAUCAUAUGAAGUUCAUACAUACACUUUUAUUUUUAGCUUUUAGAAAAGGCUGAAUUUCCAUAAUAUAUUUAUUCCCAACACCUAGAAGUGGCUGAUCUCAAGCUCUCUUUGAGCAUAACUGCUAAAACCAGCCCAUAUGGCUCUUACAUGGUGGCUUUAGGCAGGCGCUGAUUCCAUGCGAAGCUGUGGCCUUUGCAUAGCAUGCCCAGCACCACACUGACCAGACAGUUUCUCAUGCCAUGAAAGUACCCUAAAUUUGGGAGGACCACAGCUCCGUGGUAGAGCACAUGCUCAGCAUGCACAAGGUCACAGGUGCAUUUCCUGACAUCUCCAGUUAGAAAAGGAAGGAUAGCAGUUGGUGUGUAAAACUGCUGUCUUGAGAUGUUGGAAAGUGGCUGCCAAUCAAAGUAGAUGAUGCCGACAAAUAAGUACCUGAGUCUUGCCUGCUACAAGCGAAUUUCCUGUGCUCUAAAAUUGCACCUAGAUAUAUGCUAUAUACUUUCAGUUUAGAAGGUGAUUUACAAUUCAGUUUGAAGCAAAUACCAGCAGUUAAUCUCCUAAACAAAUUGAAUCAAAUGGGGGGGGACAGCAGCCCAAGAGCCACAGGUACACAUAACAUGCACACAUGUUAUAUAUAUAUAAUGCCAUGUGAUUUAUUUAUUCUUUAUUUUAUACCUUCAUAUUAUUAAACAUUGAUUCAAAAGUUCAAUCAAAUGCCUCCCUCAACAAUAUUACCAGGACACCCCACUAUGCCCUUGUCUUCUGGGGUCCCAAUUAGCUGUAUCACUGGUAUAAGCAUUGCACUAAGUGACCAGCAGCGUGCUUCAUCAAGAAAAAUGUUUAUACAUUAAUCACACGCCCCAGUAUGAGAAGGUAAAGAGAGAGAGUACUCUUCAAAAACAGGAAGUUUUAUUUUAACUCUGCUUGAUUCACUUUUGUGUCUUGUAUGGUUAGCUUUGAAGAACUCUUCGGGCAGCAAUAUCAUCCAUCAACAGGGAAUGAAGAUAAUUAUGAGAGAUACCAAUAUUCUCAAAAAGGUAAGAGAGAGUUUCUCUGGCAGCUUGCACCAAUGAUCAGUGAUAGGCAUGUCAAAUAUUGUUGGCUUCUGUUUCUCAGUCCUGUGGGCCAAGAUGCCUGUUAUGUAUUCCUAAAUUCUGACUGUUUACUUGGGAGCUAUUAAAAUGUGUUGACUUGCCUACCCUGAAAUUGCAGUUGUCUUAGCCAGGAGAGGGUGCAGUCCUUUAAGCAACUCCACUUCAGCCUGUCUGGGUAUCUCUUUAGAUGAUGACUACACAAAGGACGUUCUUCGGGACAAGCUGUACUUGCAGUUUUACCAGCAGUUAAAGAAGGAGUACGACAAAGACCGACCUUCAGACUGUGUCAUUGUUUCCAUCAGCAAGGAUCAAGCGUGAGUUUGUUUUUAAAGAUGUACUUAAGGAUUCGAGCUGAGCUGUGAACUAACAUCUUAAUGUGUAAUUUGGUUUUGAGCAAAUACAGCUAAUCUUUUUAGGAUUUCUCUGCUUCCAUACCAAAAUUUUACCUGAAAUGGUACCAGCUGUGACAGUUAUGCAAGCCUAAAGCCUGUAUUACAUGGGAUAGCAGCAGGGGUGUGUCUUUAAAGUUGGACCUGCCUUAUUUGCAUGUAAGGAGAGAUAUUAAAGGGACAUGCCAAAACUUUCCCUCAGGUUCUUUUCUUAGCUGUGUUGGUAUUGGAGCCUCCCUGGGAAAAGCACUUAGUGGCAUGGGCAGUGGGGAUAAAAGUAAUGGGGGUCAGCUCCUACCACCCACACUCUUUGUGCCCUUUAAACAACCCCUCCCCAAAAAAACUGUUUUGUAUAGUGUGGCAGACUUUCAUUUAAAGAUGUGGGCCUGCCAUGAUCCAGUGCAGUUUGGGGCUUAAUUCGUGUGCUUCUUGAAGCUGUUACUUUUGAUUACCAGUUUAUACUUAGCAGGAAGGUCGCUUUAAACAGUGUUGCAGUGUUGUUAAUUUGUAUCACGGUAAACACAGUCUUUAUCCAUCAACUAGCAGGUUGCAUAUAUGUAUUCCCCCCCUUUGAUUUUCUUGUAUCUUUUUGUAAACCGCUUUGAGGCUUUUUUUGCUUUUUUACAGCCAAGCGGUCUAUAAAUUUUAUGACAUUAAUAAUUAAUUUUGAAUCCAAUUCUCCACGUAUAUCCCACCCCAUACUCCUCUCUGAAUCUUAAAUGUACAAUAUGAACCAAGAGAAGUUUCUCUUUUUUUGUAUAUUAAGUACUGUAAGUACUUACAUUAAGAGAUUAUUCUGCAAUCUUAAAGUUUCCAUUUAUAAACCCACUUUUUCCUUGAUUGCCCAAACAGAAAUUUGAUGUUCCCAUAAUGUAGUGCUGGUAAUUAGACUUUAAAAAACAGCAACACACUUUCUCAAUAUUUCAACACUUUUUAAGAUUAACGUUUGAAUGACAAACCAAGCUGAAUGAAUCUUGUUCACGAAGCAUACUCUAGGUUUACAGGACUGUGGGUUUUCAUAAAGUUGGUAGUCUGGCAGCCUGUAAGAUUGUUUAAUCAAUUAGAUUGUACUGUUAUUGAGUACUGAGUGUUUAUGUAAGCCGACUUGGAAUGCUAGGAACUUCAAUAAGCAUAUCAGCACCUGAUAUUUAUCAUUCUAGGUUGCUUCUUAAAAUAGCUUUUACUUCUUUUAUAUUCUUCUUAAAACAAAAUACAUAUUUAUAGUCUUGUACUCAACUACUUGUUAAAACCUUUCAUUGUUUUUAACAUUUUGGUGUGGCCCCUGCCCGGAAUAUUUUCUAAUACAAAGGGUGUCUAUCAGUUCAAGACAAAUAUGAUGCUUCUGCUUCUAAGGAAUGAAAUUUCCAUGAUAUUUCAACCAAGUCUUUCUCACUUUGUCAUUCCAACCUGACUCUUCAGUCUGUUAUAAUAUUAACUAGAGCUUCUUAAUUUGCUCUGAAACCACCCCACUGAAAACUAUUUUCUGAUUCUCCACAUAAUGGUCAAGCAUAUUUUGAGUCAAAACAGUAAUGGCCAUCUCUUUUAAAGUGCCACAGUUAGCUGUAGGCUUUCACUGAAAAAGUUACCAGCAUAAUUUGAACACCUUAUUCACUGAAAGUAUAUUGAAUCUGUGUGAUGAUGUUUAAGCAUGCCUUAAAUAUUCUUAACUUUCCCUUGGAUAUUAUACUAAUAAGAAAAAUAUAGGGUGGUUGUAUUAGAUUUUUUGCUUUGCUUUAGUAAGCGAUUUCCAUGACCUCUUCUAAUUUCCCAUCCAGUAGCACAUGGAAAUGUUGAAUACAUUUCUGCCUUUCAUCCAUUGGGCCGCUAAUAUCACUAGCAGAUCUUGGGAGUCCAUAGAGCGGGAUAUAUUGGAGAUAUCAUUUGGGUCUCUCGUUAGACCUCUUCCUACAAUCUUCAGAACACGAGCACCGUCCUUUCUGGUUGAAUGACCACCUCCCUUUUUAAAUCCAGAAGAGUCAUUGCAAAGUAACACUUACUAAAACGUUUGCCCAAAUGUAAUAAAAUGUUAGUUAGCAACUGUUCAUACUUUCUCAGGUAGAUGAGGUUAAUGCAUGUCUUUAAAGCUCUCUAAUAUUGUACUUUCUAUUAAUUUCAACAUUGGCAAUUCAUUUUACACUUUAUGGACACAGACUUUUAACAUCACAGUGCGUGUUCUGUGCAUAGUACCUAUAUUUUAUAUUGCUGAAGCUCCAGGUAUGUGAAUCAACAUAUAUUACAAAGGUUGGGGUACCCAUAGUUAAUCACAUUAUAUCAUCCUGGCUGGCACUCAGUGCCAUCUAACUGGAUAAACUUGAGUGUUUUGCCCACUGUGGUGUAGUGGUUAAGAGCGGUAGUCUCAUAAUCUGGGGAACCGGGUUCGAGUCUCCACUCCUCCACAUGCAGCUGCUGGGUGACCUUGGGCUAGUCACACUUCUUUGAAGUCUCUCAGCCCCACUCACCUCACAGAGUGUUUGUUGUGGGGGAGGAAGGGAAAGGAGAAUGUUAGCCGCUUUGAGACUCCUUAAAGGGAGUGAAAGGCGGGAUAUCAAAUCCAAACUCUUCUUGUUCUUCUUCACAUGAUUUUAUCUUUUUAUCUUGGUUGUAAAAUUAAAGCCUUUGAAAUUGAUUUCCUGUCCAUAUUUAGCAUGGAAUGACCCAGAUUGAGAACCUAGUUGCAUUGCCAUGAUUUCAUAACACGAAAGGUGUUUUUUGUUUAUAAAGUGCUAGUAAAAGUCAAAGAAUACAUGUACUGCCAUAACCAGUUGGUAAUUUUCCUAAUUACUUUGAUAUUUAAUUCUUGCUGUCCUACCAAUUUGGAUUCAAAAAUACAUUUAAAAUAACAGAAUAUAAAGUUGACAUGUCUUCACAUACGCAUUAUCAAUUAUGGUGCAAUUAAUCACACAGUGAUAAACAAAUUUCCAUACACACCUGUUUCCAAACCCCACAAAUUCCUAUUUUACAGGUGUUCAUGAGUCCACACUUAAGUGUAUUUUGUCCAAAUGUUCCUUGACGCCAAGCGGUUUUGCAGCUUAACAGUAACUGGAAAAUUGAACCAAUGUAUCCCAGUUCAGGACUCUAUGCAGCCUUGCUUGAAUGGAUUCCUCAGGCAGCCAAAGGCUUUGCUAUUCAGUUUGGUAUGAUAAAGAAAUCUGUGUUUCCCAAAAGGGAAAACUAAAUGAAAAUAAGAAGAGUAUUGCCUCACCAACAAGUGUAUGUCAGUAUAGAGCAUAUAGUUAAAAAGUAUAAUUGAAAAUCAUAAUAUGUUGUCAGACACUCUUAACAUUCAAUUAUAGCUUCCAACCCUAAGCUCUGUAUAUACCCUGCAGUUGGGAUAGGCCUUGUUCACAAUGAAGCUUCCAUUUGCAUAAACAACUGCUCAGUUAUUGUUUAAGUCCACCAUCCAAACCAGAUCUGCUCACUCUUCCCAGUUCCAGUGGGUUGCCUGAAUCCCAAAGGAAUACUGUUGACAUAACAAGUCUGGUACUCUUGAGUCUUUUCCGUGCACACAUAAUGGCAGCGACUAGAACACUGGCACUAAUAUUUGGGGAGGAAUUAUUUGUAAAAUAACCUGCUUCUUCUUUUUUUCCUUCAAGGGAAUAUUCAACAGCCAUAGGCCAUCGGUUGCAGGAUCAUGGCCUUGUUGUGGAAAUGAUAUACCUUACAUCUGAAUCAGGUCUUACACGUGCCCUACAAGAAGUUAAAAAUGAUGGUUCCCCAUUCUGUGUUCUUGUUGAACCAUCUAACGUAACACUUUCCUCUUGCACCGUAAUCAUGCUUCAUCAGUCUAUCAAAAGUAAGUUUAGAUUCAUUCAGAAACGGUCCCCAUUCAUAAUAUGCUAUCUAGAUCUCCUCCUCAACACAUAUACAAUAUUAAAACAUGUCACAAGUUGGAAUAAUACUUCUAACUGAAAAUUAAUACUGCUUCACAAAACUGCUGAAUGUGCUGAGGAACACUUUUUACAUUUAUUAAAUAUUCAUACAGUUGUAAACCCUUUCUACACUGAGCAAAAUUUAUUUCAUCUUACUGGAGGGUGUUUUUCUACACUUCUCAGAUUUUGCCUUCUGUCUGAAACAAUAAAGUAAACCAUUGGAUUGGGUAUUUUCUCUGGAUCUUAAAAAGCAAACAAACCCACCUUCAACACUAAUUUCUUAGAACUGUUCCUCUAUUUAGAAAAGUUUUUGUAAAAUUGUUCCAAGCAUGACAUUAACUUACUUUAAAUGAACACACAAAUGAGAUCUCAAUAGUUAAAUGUGCACAUUACACUUAAUAGAACUGAGCAUGUUUGUGUUGAAUCAUGAACAUAUAACAUUCAGUUAAAAAUAUAAAUUUGCUCGUAUUGAAACAGACGUUGACUUUGAACUUCAGAAUAAUGGUUCAGGAACACAGCAGUUUUGUGUUUGGUUUUGUCUUGAUGUAACCUUUUAAAAAGCAAGGUAUCUCUCUUCUCUAUAGUACACCGUAAUAUGCCCAUGGAGGAUGCAUUGGCUCUGAUAGCUAAGGCGUUUGAGAAAAUUUGUGCUGAGCGCGAACAACAGGAACGCACAGAGAUUUCACACAAAGCAGCUGAUCUGGCGAAUGACUACCUAGAGCGGGAUCUCUAUGACAGUUACCAUGUGCCUCUAGGCAUUAGACAUCUCCUCUUUCUGUUAAGUGAGGGAAAACAUUUGUAUAUGGAAGAAUUGAACUCAAUAAGUGACUUCCUGAAGACCAGGAGAAAUAAGCUUGAAGGUAUUCAUUACUUUCCCACCUGUUCCCCAAGAAUGUCCCUAUAAAUCCCACUAUUUUAAAACGGGCUCUUGGUUAAAACUUAUAUUAAAAAUAAUAAUCAAAAUAUGGAAUGUAAAGGUUAAUCCUACCCCAUCCCCAAGCCAUAAAAUCUUACUUCUUACUGGAAUGUGAACACUUCUUAAAACUACCUUGCUCUUUUUUUGGCUUUGUAGACAUAGUUUUAUAAUGUGGUAUUGGUGGGUAAUAUUUCCAGCAGGUCUUGCCUGGGUGUGUGUUGGUGGUUAAAAUGAAUCCAGACUCUCACAUGUACAUCACACGACACGCAUGCACACAGCUCUUCUUUACACAGUGACCCUUGUUUCCAGCUAGGCCUUCAAAGCAUGUUGUUACUGCUGUGCAAGAAGACAGUUUUUAAAAGUCCCAUUCAUACACUAGCGGGGAGAAACUGCGUGUUUUUAUCGUGUGGCAGGGCUUUUACUGUUGCUUGCUAAGUUCUUAAUGACGGAAGGCAGGAAUUAAGCUACUUAAGGAGCAGCAACCACAUUAUGGGGUGACAAGAAGUAUUCCAUGGAAGAGCCCCAGGCCAGUGUGGAAAAACAGUCUUAAAGAGCAAGCACUUCCAUUGUUCGUUGCCACCCUCUGGUAACCAUCACAUUUCACGUGGCAAAAAGACAUUACACUUAUAACAAGUUAUUAAAUUAAAAUAUGAAACCUUAAUAUUCGCGAAAACAAUGGCAGACCCCGACCCCUUUAUUAUGUUCUGCAAACUGAAGAGUUCAGAAGCUCAGUCCUUAAAAUAAAUUAAACUUACGUCUGUAAAUCUAACUUGAGGCGUCUUUAAAAGAUCUGAGGUAUUUCCCUGAGGGGAAAAAGUAGGUAGUUAAAGAGUGUGUUAUUCCCAUAAAUCAGAGGCAAACUACAGUCUUUGCUUUUAAUAAAUCGGGUGUUCACUAAUCAUUGUGUGUUGCUUGCUAACUCUUGGUUCUCCUAAACCAGGCUUUGUUGCAGAAACAGACCCUUUAGCUGUUGCAGCUGAAGACACGGUGUAUCCAGCAAGUGUCCGGCCAAGCACUAGUGCUCUCCCCCAGACUCUAAGCAAACCCCCGCCCCUUCUUCCAACUCCUGGCCGGAAUUCUGUGUUAGGCCAGUCAUCUGUAUCUUCAGCUAAGCCAGCUUUGUUGGGUGAAAGACCGUUGACAGGUCUUCUUCCCACACCAGGUUGGUAACCCUGUUAACUGUAUUGAUGUUUUAUUAAAAUUUACAGUGAAGCAGGGAGAGGAAAGUGGAAAUAGAAGGGUGGGUGUGGUUGAUGGUUAACUCUGGGAUAAGACCUAAGGUGAGAUGAGAAACCCAGGGUAACUAACAGUGAAACUUAAUUGGUCCACCAGAAAUGUUAAAAUAUGCAUUGUACAGUGGUACCUUGCAAGACCAAUGCCUCGCAAGACAAAAAACUCGCUAGACGAAAGGGUUUUUUGUUUUUUGAGCUGCUUCGCAAGACGAUUUUCCCUAUGGGCUUGCUUCGCAAGACGGAAACGUCUUGCAAGUUUGUUUCCUUUUUCUUAACACCGUUAAUACAGUUGCGACUUGACUUCGAGGAGCAACUCAUAGAACUGCGGUGUGGUAGCCUUUUUGAGGUUUUUAAAGACUUUGGUGAUUUUUGAAGCUUUUCCAAAACUUUCCCGACACCGUGCUUCGCAAGACGAAAAAAAUCGCAAGACGACAAAACUCGCGGAACGAAUUAAUUUCGUCUUGCGAGGCACCACUGUACAUACAUACAUGCUACAUAUGCAGUGUAAUAUCACUCUUUGAAUCAAUUUCUUUAAAAACAAAAAAUCCUUUGGAUAAGGCCUACUGGAAGAUAACUAUAUGAAAAACUACCUCCUUCAAUAUGAGCAUGCCCAGAUAUUGUAGUUAAUCAGCAGAGGCUGUUCUCUGCAUCUGCUAGCACCAGAGGCAAGUUGGGCAGGCACACGAGAGAGGGCCCUUUCAGUGGUUGCACCUACACUGUGGAACUUCUUUCCUAGAGAACCUCGGUUGGUGCCUUUUCUGACCGCUGACCAUUAAGUGAAAACAUUUAUUAAGACAGGCCUACUGCUUGUUGAGUUGAUUAUAUUCUGCUGGUAGGCGAUAGUCGGUGCUUUAUACUCGGCUGCUGUUUCUAUCUUACCCUGCUUCUUAGCUGCUAGUUGUGCAACUUCUUGGUAUAUUAUUACAUACUAAUCAUUGAUAUAUGUUAGCAGCAUGGGGUGCAUAUUUGUGGAAAGGCAGGAUAACAACCAUAGUGAAAUUAAAUAAUAAUUUCUAGUUUGAGUGACCAAUUAAUAAAGAAAUGUUGGCCAUUUCCCCCCAUUCCACGCUUUCUUCUUCCCUCUUUCCAAACAGGGCUGGCUGGCCCAAAGGGCAACCCUCCGCCACUUCUGAUAAAGUCUGCUAAAAGACCAGUCCACCUACCUCCAUCUCCACAUCUGCCUGCAAAGCGACCACUGCUUAGUGGCAGACCGGGCUUGCUGCCAACACCAGGUGAGAGCUGAGUAAGCUAGGUGCUGAAUGCACAGGAAGGAAAGGGGGUCAUUUUGCACUUCCAAUAAAUAUUUCCCCAAUUCAUGAAAUGGGGUAUGGAGUAGUGGGCAGCCUGGUGAACUUCACCAAGGGUUCAAAUACCUCCUGGGUGACCCACAUUUGGUACUGCAGGAAGGAGCCUUACCCUUGAGCAUCCAUUCUCUUCAUCCACCCCGGCUCUUCGAUUCAAUUUGCUAUUUUCUGCUUGGAGCAAACUGUAUUAUGUUGUUGCAUAAAAACUGGUAAAUCACGGUUGGCACUUCCUUUCCAAGAGCUAGGAUCGCAAGUCAAACUUGGCAUUAUGUGUGAACAAGUCAUUAAAAGUGUUCCAUCCAUUACACGAGGUGCAUAAUGUUAUACACAUGUUAUAGCUUGUUAUGUUGCUUUCCUUUCUGUGGGAGUGUGGGGAGAGAUUGCUUUCCCUUCUUUGUCAGAGCUGAAGGACAGAAAGAAAGCUUCAUUGCCAUCCCGCCCCUCCCCAAUGGAAGGGUGAGAAGGAAACUCGUGGGGUUCCCAAGUGCCUGAUGCUGCUAUGUGAAGUGCUGGAAAGAUUUUUUUCUUGCUCUUCACACAGCGGUAGUGCAUGUUUGGGAACACCAUAAGGGUGUUGACUGGUAGGCAGCCACACCCACUUGUCAUAUUUGGACUGAGAGGGCAAUUCUGAUAAAGAUCUGGACCUUUAUCUGAGCAAAAAAGCUUCCCCAUCCUUGCCCAAUAGAUUUGGAACAACUUCAGUAAGAUUUCAAAUGUAGAUUUCUCAUUUCUAGAUGUUGAUGAGACUGGCUGGGUUAAUGGUGACCUUCUUUGCAGAAGAUGCGUGCAAAAUUUAAGUGUGCAAAAUUCAGCAACUGCAAACAUGAUGCUCUAGGACAGUCUUCUGGUGCUUUCCAGAUGUUUUGGACUACAAUUACCAUAAUCUCUGUCCACUGAUUGGGGUUGAAGGGAGUUCAGAGACCAGCAAUAUCUGGAGAGGCUCACGUUGGGGACUAAGGAGGGUGUUCCACUAUUUUUGUGUGCGUUUAAAACCUUAAAGUCAAACUUCUGUACUACUUUCAAAGUGGUAUUAUUAAUUAAAUUUGUUGAUCACUUUUUUUGCCAAGACAACUAAAAACCACUUGCAGUUCUUUUAAACAUAUAAGUGCAAACACACAUUAAAACUAGCAUUAAAAAACAAUCUAAAAGACAAGUCAGUUUUUAAAAACUAGAUUAAUACAUUCCAUCCAUAUAAAAGGACCAUAGAUAAUUAAAAGCCAAAGGCUUGACGAAAGAUGAAUGUUUUUGUCUGGCACUUAAGCUAUGUAACAGUGGUGCUUGGGGAUGGCAUUCCACAGUUGAGGAGCCACCACUGAAAAGGCCCAUUCUCAUAUUGCCACCCUCUGGACCUCCCAUGGUAGGGGCACACGAAGAAGGGCCUCGGACGAUGAUUGCAUAGUCCGGGGACUGGGGAGAGGUAGUGCUUGAGAAAGUAGAUCUCUCUUUUUUCCAUUCAUGCCUACUUCUUCAUAAUGAUUGGAAUCUUGAGCUAGGGCUGUAAAUCCUUGAAUUUACAGGAUAGAGAAUUGUGCUCACUUGGAAGCUGGAAGAAAAUUUUAUUCUGAAGCUCAGUGGAGGGAGGCGCUAAACAAAUAGUUUGCAAUCCUUCUCACACUUUGGCACUUCUUUCAGAGUUCAUGACUUUUGUCUAAGAUUAAUAAAAUAAGGAGCCUCAAAGACCAGGAUUGCUGUGGCCACUACGGUAUUCUUUUUAUCCAGUUAUACAGUUCCCUGGCUUGAUGAAUAUUAUUCAGUCUUGUUAUGGCUCUUGCUUCUCUAGAUAUUCUCCUGAGUCCAAAAGCUUUGCAAAGCUCUGAACUCUUAGUAAUUGUCAACUGAAGCAGACUUCAUUUAUGAGCUAAGCUAGGAGCCAGUUCUCUUUGCAUGCAUAUAUUCUUUAUACUGCACUAACAGCAGUUCAUGUUUCAUAUCAAGUAGCGUAUGAGAACACCAAGCUGUACAGUCCUGUGGAUGUGGGCCAGGGCUGUGUGCAGUCCAUGCCUGCAGCCUUCAUGGCUGCCAAGAAAUAUCACGGCAGUGUCUGUUAAAGUUCAAAAGGUCAAACAGGGGAAUUGCUGCUCUUGGAGCAUAUCCGCACCUCCCUCCCAAACGCUACCUCAUUUUCUAAGAGAUCCAUUCAAAAUUCUGUGAAGUGCCCCAAAAUGACUUUUGGAGUAAAUGGUGCAAAUUUAAGUCCACAUUGGCAACUUUUGUGAGAUCCCAAGCCUUCGCAAUCCAGGCUGUUCUCAAGUGUGACUGAACCAUAACUGUUCAUUUGUCCUGGUUUUUCUAUCUCUGAGUCCAAGCUAAUAUAAAUGAGAGAAGUACACUGAUUUAAAUGAGAAAAUACAGUGAAUUUUCAGCACCCUUAGGAUUCCGGGAGAGUUGAAGAGAGGCUUGUAGGAAAAAUGAGUGCAUGCAGAAAGUGACAGCUGCCCUAUUCUGCUUUCAGUUUUCCAGUUUGCACUGAUAAGUUCUGAAGUAAAGGAAUGGUUGGGUUUUUUGUUUUUUGCAUUGCAUUGUAUUUUAGUCCAGACAAGAGGCUGUUUUCUUCCAUGUAGAAGGCCACUUUGAACAUUAAACAUGUUCUGUAAAAAUUAAAGGCUAAGAGUGUUGCACCACUUAACUGUUCUUCAUUUCACAGUUGCUAAGGCACAGCAUCAUUGGGUACCCAAGCCAAAGUUCCUAGCUUGACUGGACACCUGGAUUAAAUGGAGUACACGGCAGUCCCUGCUUGCAUCAUCCCUCUUGCAAGACAGCAGCACCUGACAAAUGUGUGUUAGUACACCAGACAAGCUUAAAUGUGUAUUGUUUUCUGUUCUACACUUUCCUGGGUAUUUUCUUUCUUUUUUUUACUUAAGUGGCAGAGUGAAAAUAGGUGUUUGUGGAACUAUCAGUAUUGUAGAUUCCCAGUACUAACAUUUUUUUAAAAAACCAAUAUCAUCCCAGAAUAAAUGACUUAUUUCCACAGUU